CAAAUACCACCACCAUCCCUAAAACACCCUCUAGUAAUGGCACAUCCUUCAAAUAGCCCUCUUUCCAUUGAUAGUGCUCCACCUACUAUUUCUAAACCUUUGCCUUCUGUCAUUUCUGAUGCAAGUGCCCAGUCACAGAGCAAUCAUUCUGCUGGACAUCAUGUGCAAUGGUCAGAUCCAUUAGUAUAUACCAGAGGCAUCCCUGCAAGGCAACCUCAAGAAGCUCAUCCUGCAUCACCUACUGUUGCUUCAUCUGUUACCUUCAAUCAUUCUGCCCGGCAUGACACUGGAACCAUUGCAGGUGUGAUGGAGGGUCCGAAUUUGGUACCUGCUGCCUCAGGCACCCCAUCUGCUUAUAUGCCACUACGCCAAACUUUCCAACCAUUACACUCUCAGCUCACUAGCACAUUCCAAGCUGCUCAUCAAGGUUCCUCCUUUAUUGCUGCACCCAGGAAUCCAAAUUUGCGCUUCAUUUUUUCACGUCGAUUACAAUUAGCUCAAUCUAGGGAACCUCUCAAUCCUGUUGAUUCUAUUGUUGUUGAUGAUAGACCUGCUACCUCAGAACCCCAGAGAGUGCUCAACCAACCAAAUGGUACUGUGGAGUCUACUACUACUUAUGUCACUGGCACUCCCCCACCCACUCCCACUGUCACGGAAGAUGCCAUUGACCUCACCCUUGGCAGUGACGAAGAGAACAGUCUGUUGCAAAAGCAACGUAAAAAUCAAAAGAGCACGCAGAAGCAAAGGAAUACUCAGAUCCUAUCAACGUCGAUCAAAGUCAACACAGCCAAGCGCCGCCUCGACUCAGAAUCCAGCGACACCUCCGAAGGCGGUCCUCAAAAGCGCCUAAAGCGAAAAGGAGCGCUACGACCUCGUCUCGACUCAGAUUCAGCGACGAGUGAUAUCGAUCUUGUUUCGCCAGGGCCACGCUCGUCAAUCGAACCUUCGUCGUCUUCAGGCAGAUUUUCGUCCAGCAGUGUCGAAGUUGUCGACGAUGUCGUUCUGGACGGCCCGCGAUCCAUAGCGGAUGCGCGCAACAACCAUGCAGAGCCUUCCAUCUCCCAUAAUGAUACUCAAGCACCAAAGCAUUCGGCUCGGGGGAGUGGGGUUUCAGUUGUAGUGCGCAGCUACAAAAGGCCGGCCCCGGGUGGGAGUGCCGUAGCGUCGAGCAGCAGGGUCAGGGUGGAGGACAUGGAGGUGUCGGACGACGAGGUCGAAACCGGUGAUCCUCAGCGAGCACUGCUCUAUGCGAGUGCAAUCUCCCGAAAAGUGCGUAUGUGGGCGGGAAAGUUGAAGGGAAUCUCCCGUGCUGAUAUAGAAGCUCUAUUCGACGAUAACGUAGAGAUUAUGUCCAAAGGCGAGAUUCUGAAGUUGUUGAAAGACAUCGACCAUGACAAGGACUGGGCUACUCGUGCGGAAGUCCAGGAAACUCGUCUUGAAAGGUACUUGAUCGCUGUGGUGACCGACCAUUUAGUGAACGGAACGGAAGCCUACAAGCUCGCAGUGCGCAUCCUAGACAACUUUGCGCAGAGGUUCCGCGGUGAGAGAUACCCACGAACACGUAGGUGAAGGUGAAGGGAGGAGAACAAGUUACUCGUGGGAUGGAUGCUGCGGAAUCCUGGCGUGGACGUGGAACGAGUUGCAAAAUUUUCGCAGGUGCCAGCACUCUCAUUAGGGGUACAGCCGACUGUUGACAGGCGUUUGUCCGUUUUUGGCGUGUCGUUGUUUCGUUGUUUCACUUUCGUUGUCUUUGCUUUUUUGUUGUGGUUUCGUGCUUUGUGAACGUCAACGUGAUGUUCUCUGCUUUCAUACAUGCUCUCAUUGUUUCUCAAACGUUUUGUCCUCUGCUUUCAUACACAUACUCUCUUGUUGUGGUUUUGUUUCUCGAACGUUGACGUUCGCUGUUGUGUACUUGAUUAUACCAUUUACUCUCAAGUUGCUAUAACCUUCAACAUGUUCCUUCCGAUUGGCUACUAUCCUUUUUGCAUUGGCUAACGUCUCACGAAUGUGUAC